GCUAGGUGAGAGGGACAUUUUUUAUCUUUUAAUUAUUAGCACUCUAGAAUAUAAAUAAAUAAAUUCAACGCUAUAUCCACGGCUCGUCGGAAAGGGCUGUCACAGCGUGAUGCGACGGCGCCGUCUUACGUCGCAGAGUCAGAAUUACGAGACGGAUAUGGACUCGGAUUCAGAUUCAGUUACGGAGACGACGAGGUGCAUAUCGUGUCAGGAGGACUACGACGCACAUGAUGGCGGCACCUGCAAGGAGUGCUACGACGAGGCCAACGAGACGGAGGAGGACCUCAAGCGCGAGAUCGAAGACCUCAAAGCCAAGGUCGCUUUUCUCAAGCUCUGCGAUCCUAUCUAUUAUCCCAACCAUUACUGCACUGGCCCUAGGUCCUAUUCUCCUUGCUUCUCCGACGUCGUUUUGGUUGCAUUCGAAGGCACUUCCGGUGCUCCUGCCCCGCCCGUUCCGGCUCAUAAGGCUGUUUUGGUGAGUCGUUCCCCAGUAUUCAAAGCCAUGCUCGAGAGUGAAAUGGAAGAAAGCCGAAGCGGCACCAUAAAGAUCAACGAUGUAUCAUACGAGGCCCUUCGUGCCUUUGUCAACUAUUUGUACACAGCCGAGGCCAGUCUUAAUGAGCGUAUGGCUUAUUCCCUCGUAGUGUUGGCUGAAAAAUAUCAGGUAAAUCAUCUCAAGACCUAUUGUGAGAGGUUCCUGGUAUCCACUUUGAACUGGGACAAUUCAAUUGGGAGCUAUGCCUUCGCCCACCAGCACAAUGCUAAGCUUGUCCUCGAGGCAUCCUUGCUACUGAUUACAGAGAACAUGGACAAGCUAACUAAAAGAGAGGAGUAUUUGGAGCUUAAGGAGAAAGAUCCACGCCUUAUAGUUGAAAUCUAUGAAGCUUCUCUCUCCAAACAAGUCAAUACAGCUGCCUGUAAAGAUUCUUCUCAGAAGACAUAGAGAUGAUUACUUGAGCAAUUGUGGUUUUAUGCUGAUUUUGGGGCAAAAAAUCAUUCUCUAGUCUGUGGAAUAUUGACUCUGGACGAGUUUUAGUUUUUAGUUUUCUCUGUAGAGAUUUCUGUUUUCUUCGGUCCCCUAACUGUGAAUAAAGAAGUUUGGAAAAAUCAUGGUGCAUUAA